AUGGCUAAGCACGAUGUAAAACGUGUCCCGGAAGGGAACCUUCAAAAUCUUGCUGAUAUUAGUGUAAGUGCAUGGACUAGUACCUCUACUACUUCUGUGACUACUGUGUGUACUGCUACUAGCGCUAAUACUGCUACUUCUACUGCUACCGUUGCUGUUUCUGCUGAUGGUACUGCUACAGUCACUGUCACUACUAAUGAUGGUGCUAGUGCAACUGCAAGUGCAAGGGCAAAUGCUAGUGCUACUGCUGCUGCUACUGCUCAUGCUACAGAUAUUAACAGUGCUAGUGCUGCUGUUGCUGCUACUGCUGCUGCUAGUGCUAGUGCUAGUGCUGCUGCUAGUGCUUCUGCUAGUGCUGCUGCUAGUGCUGCUGCUACUAAUUAUGCUACUGCUGCUGCAACUACUGCUGCUACUGCUAUUGCUUCUACCCCUAUUGAUCCUACUGCUACUUCUGCUGCUGCUGGCGAAGCUGCUGGUGCUGCUAUUGAUGCUUCUAUUGAUGCUUCUAUUGAUGCUGCUAUUAAUGCUGUUGAUCCUACUACUAUUGUUCCCUCUAUUUCUGUUACUUGUGCUCCUACUGUUUCUCCUACCGUUUCUUCUGCUUUUUCUGUUACUACUACUGUUACUACUUCUGCUAAUGUUGCACCUGGAUCAUCUCCUUAUGAAAGACAAGGCAAUCUUAAUCCUAAAUGUGAUGAAAGUCACGACCUAGGUAAUACUGAAACAUUUACUACGGCUGAAGAGUUCAUGCAAAAAUUAUAUACUGAACUUGAUCAUAUUGUCUGCUUGAGAAACGUUUUGACUAUCGAAAGAAUCAAUACAUUCUUGGAUUGGCUUGAUAAGAAAACUGGUAAUUAAGCUUUUACUAGGGUUUGACUUGGUACUUUAAUUAGUCACUCAGAGGAAAACAAAAGAUUCAAACAGAUUUCAGUAGAUUUUGCUUUUAAAAGAUUGCUGGUUAAGAUAUUGCGAUUAUUAAAUUUUUUGGAGGAUACUGCGAUUGAGAAUAUUAGCUUAUUUCCAGUUUUAUCGAUGUUGUUAUUUGUUUGGGGCAUCAGUC